GUAAAUGGUUCCCGUGUGCCAGCUGACCGACUUUCGCACCUUCUGUGUCAGAGGGAAAACUGCACGAGAGAGCUGCGCGACGAGAAUGCCAAUUUGUUGAUGGUGCGCGGGACUUCAGAGUCCUUUAAGUGUUUUUUUUUUUAUUAUUUUUUAUUUUGUCGGGGUGCAUCCUGCAAAUUAUUAUUUUUAUUUUUUAAUAUAUUUUUUUUUUUUUUGGUCUUUGAUCUCUUUGCCAAGGAUGGCACUGGAGCACUGGAGAGCAUUUCGCGCCUCCGUUUUACUGACUUGUGUGAUAAUCUGCAGUAACGUGCUAUGUCCCGUCGGUGCCUAUCUCUACAACAACCGCUACGCAGGCGAUCAAGUCUUCAGGAUAACUCCGAGUAAUGAUGAGGAGGCGCGUGACCUCAGGAAAAUACUGGGACAUAUGAAGGUGGAUUUCUGGCAGCCCAACAGCGCCUCUCUUAUCCUUCAAAAUUCCACAGUUGAUGUUCAUGUGAAGCGCAACGACACGCAAGGUCUGCGUGCACGCUUAAAGCAGGAGCGUAUUGAUUAUCAGGUCUUCAUCUCCAAUCUACAGACGGAAAUUGAAAAGCAGACGGGAUACCGCUCAUCUCGCAAGCGGAGGUCAGAGUCUCAGUAUGACUACGAGGUUUACCACUCUCUGGAAGAGAUCCAGGCCUGGAUGUUUGAGAUGAACAGAACCCACCACGACCUGGUUGACAUGUUCUCUAUCGGCAAGUCGUACGAAGGAAGACCACUUUACGUGCUUCAGCUAGGAAAGAGAAGUCGUCCCCAGAAGAAAGCUAUAUGGAUCGACUGUGGCGUUCAUGCCAGGGAGUGGAUAGGACCUGCCUUCUGCCAGUGGUUUGUCAAAGAGGCCAUCAGUUCAUUCCAGUACGACUCUGUGAUGACACGGCUGCUCAAUCAGCUCAACUUCUACAUCAUGCCCGUCUUCAAUGUGGAUGGAUAUCGCUUCAGCUGGACCACGGAUCGGUUCUGGAGGAAGACACGCUCCAAAAAUCACAAGUUCCACUGCAGAGGAGUGGACGCGAACAGAAACUGGAAAGUCAAGUGGUGUGAGGAGGGAGCCUCUUCUCAUCCCUGCGACGACACCUACUGCGGCCCCUUCCCCGAGUCCGAACCCGAAGUCAAGGCCGUCGCCAAGUACCUGCGCAAGCACAAGAAGCGCAUGAAAGCGUACAUAUCCAUCCACGCCUACGCACAGAUGCUGCUUUACCCGUACUCCUACAAGUACGCCACUAUCCCCAACUUCAGCUGCGUGGAGUCAGCGGCUCAGAACGCAGUGUCAGCUUUGUAUUCUGCCUAUGGAGUGAGGUACAGAUAUGGACCCGCCUCCACGACUCUGUAUGUCAGCUCUGGCAGCUCCAUCGACUGGGCCUACAGGAACGGGAUCCCCUACGCGUUUGCGUUUGAGCUGAGGGACACGGGAUACUUCGGCUUCCUCCUGCCCGAAUCGCUGAUCAGCCCGACCUGCACCGAGACCAUGAGGGCCGUGAAAGCCAUCGCAUCGGGCCUGCUGAAGAAGUGCGUGACCGGCAGGGACAGGUUUCCGUAUAUAUGAAUGCAGCCUGGGCGUCACUCAUAGAUGUUAUCGAGUGAAAAGCUGAACAGGACCUGUCAGAGGAUGCAUUUGUUUUCCAGAGCUGAUGGUGGCGGGUUUUCUUGUUCCAAAACAAAAUUUUUUUUAAAAAAAUGGCACAACUAGUAUGUUUACGUACAUACAUACUUUCUUGUCAUGAUACAACAGCACUUUUUCUUUAAAGAAACAGCUUCAGUUACAAUUUUUUUUUAAAUUAACCCUCAUUUUAUUGUGUUUUCUUGCCAAGUGCCAGUUCACAUUUUCAGCUAUAAUGUUAAUGUACUGAUGCCUUUCUCACUGCAAACCUGUCGGCGUACAUAAUGUGCUAUCAGCUGUCAAUCUCAGUGGUUUUUACUUCUUCAUUUGGUCCCUUCAGCAGCUUUACUGUGUCAUUACUCAGGUACAGAUAAAUGUCAGAAAUGUUUACUUCCUACAGGUCAUGUGCUCAGUAUCAGAUUUGAAUAAAUGUAAAAUUUUUGAAUAAAUGUUGUUUUAUAACACAGUGCAUAUUUCUGUUAUCGCAUUUAUGCCAUUUCUGAAUCUCUCUGAAUAGUCUAUUUUUUUAUGUCACGCAUUUAUUUUAAUCUCUUGUGACAAGUGACAGCGUCAUCAUUUAUGUCUAAUUUGUCUGCAAAAAAAAAAAAGAAAAGAAAAGAAAAAAGAAAUUCCUCCCAAUUGCAAGGAAUAAAGUGAAAUGUCA